AUGUCAUCCGCAAACAAAGGCAACUUCCUGGAAUUGGUAGAAUUGCUCUCAAACUAUGAUCCCAUUUUAAAGGAACAUUUCAUGAGGCUGAAACAUGCUGUUGCAUCUGGAAAGAGAAUGACUUCCUAUUUCUCUCCAAAAAUUCAGAACAAAUUAAUUUGUCUUUUGGGAAUUCAUGUGAAGGACAAAAUAGUGGCUGAUAUCAAGAAAGCAAAGUACUUUGGGAUUCUUUUUGACAGCACCCCUGAUGUGUCCCACACUGAUCAGAUGUGUGAAGUGAUCAGAUAUGUUCAUAUUGAAGGGGACAAUGUUGAAGUAAAUUAAUCAUUCUUGGGCUUCUUUCCUGUUGCUGAAAAGACUGCUGCUGAGCUCACAGAAAAUAUCCUGCAACAUCUGGAGGAAGAUGGACUAGACAUAAGCCUUUGCCGUGGUCAAGGAUAUGAUAAUGCUGCAACUAUGGCAGGGAUUCAUGGUGGUGUUCAAGCAAAAAUAAAAGAGAUUAAUCCCAAGGCUUUGAUUAUGCCAUGUGCAAACCAUUCCCUGAACCCAUGUGGGGUGCACUCAUUUGGAAGUGCUGCUUCCUGUGUGACCUUUUUUGGAACAUUGGAGAGAGUGUAUUCCUUUUUUUCGGUUUCUACACAUCGUUGGGAAUUGCUGAUGGAGAAUUUAGGUGUGACAGUGAAAAGACUUUCCCACACAAGAUGGAGCGCUCAUUAUGAUGCUAUAAAGCCAGUGAGGGCACAUUUUGAAAAACUGACUUCAUCCCUUGAAAAAUUGUGUAAUCCCAAAGAAAAUGUGGACACAAGAGGAUCGGCUCAGAUGUUGCUGUCUGCCGUAUGUGAUUUUUCUUUUUUGUGUUACCUUUCUUUCUGGUGUGAAGUUCUAGAAGAAGUUAAUAUCACAAAGAAAUAUUUGCAAACAGUCGGACUCACUCUUGAAAAGUGCAUUGUGAAACUACAAGGUUUGAAAGCGUUUCCAGCAGAUCAGCACAGUGAAAUUGUGGAGAAGGUCAUUUGUUAUGCAACUACUACGUGUAAAGAAAUGGACAUUUCUAUUGAAAGAAGAGGGAGAGUAAAGCUCUGUAAAACAAUGCCAGGGGAGAAGGCAAAGGACGCUGCUCUCACAUUGCCAGAGGAAAGGAAAAGGGCUAUGUUUGAGUGCCUUGAUCAUUUUCAUCACGAGUUGGAAAUUCGUUCCCAGGCAAUUGAAAAAAUCCUUUCAAUGUUUGCUGUUAUUCAGCCAAACUCUCUGGUUGUGGCAACAGAGAAAGAUAUUCGUAAUUAUACCCCAAAAUUGACUGAGAUUUUUGACGAAUUCUCUAAUGAGGACAUCUUUAGGGAAAUUGAACAUCUUCAAAGGCAUUUGGAAGCUGCCAAGAUCAGUGUUGAAGAAGCAAAGAAAUGGACGGCAUUACAGUUCCUGGAGUUCAUUGUUAAAUGGGAUUAUUGUGAAUCUCUGCCAAAUUUGUCACUGUGUUUAAGAUUCUUUUUGACUCUGUGUGUGUCUAUUGCUUCAUGUGAAAUAAGUUUUUCCAAAUUAAAAUUGAUAAAAAAUUUAUUUCGCUCAACCAUGAGUGAGACAAGGUUGACAAAUCUGGCUAUACUUUCAAUUGAGCAUGAAUAUGCAAGGAAGAUUGGCUUUGAUGAAGUAAUCGAUAAAUUUGCAGAAAUUAUGGCUCGAAGGCAGCGGAUGUGA